AUGACAACAUACUGUACCCAAUGCACCGACAGCCAGAUGCGUCAGCAGGGCGGCGGCUACCUGCCCAUCGAGAACUAUGGCUUAAUCGGCAACAUGAGGACCUGCGCUCUGGUCGGCAUGGACGGGAGUGUAGACUUUAUGUGCUGGCCCGAGUUCGAUUCUCCUUCCGUCUUCUGCCGUCUACUGGACAAAGACAAGGGCGGCCACUUUAGCAUCCAUCCAGCGCCCCAUCUCAGCUGUACCACCAAGCAGCAGUACCUGCCUUCAUCCAACAUCCUCCAAACACGGUACAUCCAUGAAGACGGUGUUGUCGACGUGGUCGAUUUCUUCCCACGCCCGAGAAGUGCUAAAGUCAUCUUUAAGGGGCCAAAACAGGGGGCGUAUCGGGAGAUGACUAGCGUGAGGGAGGAGCUGAAACAGUGGCUUGUCCGAAGGGUUGAGUGCAUACGUGGUCAUUUAGAGCUCAACGUCGAAAUCUUCCCAGCCUUCGAGUACGCCACCGAACCACACACCACGACAAUCCUUCAAGACCAAGACUUGCCCCAAAGCUCCCAAAGCAAAACCGUCACAUUCCAUAGCAAAAAUGUCAAGCUCCAACUCGACGUGACCAUCGACAGAGCCGACGACGACCUCGACAAUGUUAGCUCGCCCGUCGUCCGCUUCCACAAGGUGUUACGUCCUGGCAUGCUGGGCGACGGCGUUGUGGCCAGGAUUGAGCUAGCCGAGGGCCAGGCCGUCUCCUUCGUCCUGCGUAAUGACAUCCCCAAUCACGUCACCGAGAACAUUACGUCUUCUGUGCUUGAUAGCCAGCAGCAUUCAACUCAGACAUACUGGGCCAACUGGAUCUCCAAAAGCCAGUACAAAGGCCGCUGGCGGGAGGUCGUAUCCCGCAGCUUAAUGAUACUCAAACUCAUGACCUACGAACCAACCGGCGCGAUCAUCGCCGCACCGACGUUCUCCAUCCCCGAAGAUAUCGGGGGCGUUCGCAACUGGGACUACCGCUACUCGUGGGUCCGCGACUCGAGCUUCACCAUCUACAUCCUGUUACGCCUCGGCUUCACCGAAGAAGCGGACGCCUACAUGAACUUCAUCAGCGAGCGCUUCGUGAAAUCACGGGUCGCCGACGGCGGGCUACCUAUCAUGUUCACGAUCCGCGGCGAAACGGAUAUUCCCGAGCGCGAGCUCACCCAUCUCGAUGGGUAUCGGGGGAGUAAGCCGGUACGGAUCGGGAACGGCGCUGCAUCCCACCAGCAGUUUGAUAUUUACGGGGAACUGAUGGACGGAAUUUAUCUGUACAACAAGUACGGGAAGCCGAUUCACUGGGACCUGUGGUGUUCAGUGCGCAAGAUGUUGGAUUAUGUGUUGACGAUUCUCAACCAGCCGGAUAUGUCGAUCUGGGAGGUGCGCAACAACAAGCAGAAUUUCACGUACUCAAAAAUCAUGCUCUGGGUGGCGUUUGAUCGCGGUUUGCGUCUAGCCGACAAGAGGAACUUCCCCUGUCCGAAUCGGCAGGCCUGGUUGCGGGCACGGGAUGACCUGUACGAGGAGAUUAUGGAGAAGGGGUAUAACACGGAGAUGGAGUGCUUUAUUCAGAGUUACGAGUCGAGGGAUAAGUUGGAUUCGUCGAUUCUCGUUGCGCCGCUGGUGUUUUUCAUUGCGCCGAAUGAUCCGCGCUUUACCAAGACCAUGGAUCGGAUCAUGCGGCCGCCUGAUAAGGGCGGGCUGACGAGUACCGGGCUAGUGUAUAGGUAUAAUACUGAUUUGUCGGAGGAUGGGGUAGGCGGCCGCGAAGGCGCCUUCAGCAUGUGCACAUUCUGGCUCGUAGAAGCGAUGACGCGCGCCGCGCAGCACGAGCCGAUGUAUCUGCAGCGGGCGAUCAACUUGUUUGAGAACAUGCUGUCGUUUUCGAAUCAUUUGUGUAUGUUCUCGGAGGAAAUUUCGAGGUCGGGAGAGCAACUUGGGAAUACGCCGCAGGCGUUUAGUCAUUUGGCGCUGAUUAGUGCUGCGUUUAAUUUGGAUCGGGUGGCGGAGAAGAAGGGUGGGGGGGAUAGGUAG